AUGGCCGACAAGCUCCCUAAAGGCGAAGUAGAAUUCGCAGCCGAGUACCUGCGAGCCGAGACGCGGCACCCCUGGGAUCCCUCACCCGAGAAGCAGGACAUUUUCGACCCAGCAGACGAAAAGACCUUCGAGAGCCGCAUCCUCCUCGAAGUGGUCACCAACUACGUCGUCAACCAUGGCAACAAUCUAACCCACCAUGGUAGCGUGCCGCACCAUCCCCGCGGACACGCGAUGGAGCUGGCCCGUCCCCUGGAGCCUUCCUACGAACGCUACAGAUACCUGACCGUCAUGGCAGGGCCCAGCUUCAAGAAUAUCCAGCGCGUGCAGCAGAUCCACGGGUCGUCGGACUACAUGGCUGCGUACAAGUUCAAUACCAGCGGAAUGAUUGAUGCUGCUCUGGUGCCUACGCUGGUUCCCGAUGUCUGGAAGGACAACGAUCGCCAGAAGACUAGUCCAGCCGAGUUUACUCCUGAGGAUUACCUGUGGGUAGACAUGACAUAUCCCCUGCGGGGGAUCUACAUCCCAAAGGAGCGCUAUCACUGUCCGCGCUCGAACCGGCUCGUCUGCGUGUAUACGCACGUCGACUUCCAGCGGAAGCACAGCCUAACGACAUACACGUAUACGCCCGAGAAAGACGGGAUCCCAGACGGGGAGUACACGGCCGAAGAGCCCGAUCUGCCGGGCCGCGAGAAAGAGCGGCAGAAACGUGAGCCGGACCAGUGGCCCGUUGGGUUCAGAAUCGGCACUCAGGAGAUGGUCCAGGGCGAGGCUUCUCUCGGCUGGGGCGUGAAGCCUGAAUGGACAGCUCGGUUCCAGGUUGAUGCCCUCCGUAAACUGCCGAACGAGGCUGAUGCGCGUGAGUGCAUCAAGCUUUUCGAUAGCGGUGGCUUGGUGAUUCGUCCCGGUGGGGAGACGAGAUUGAGGGCGGAAAAGGUGAAAGCCAAUCCUGUGCACACUAUGGACGUGCCAGAGGUGAUUCGGUUGCCGAUUCCUCCUGUGUCAUAG